ACUCCAGCACAGAGUGAACGUCCUCCAGCAGCAGCUGAGUGACAGCCACAGUCUCGUCCAGACUCUGCAGAGCGAGCUGCAGGUGUGUCGCAGGGUGGGCGGAGUCACCAGCAACACACACUCAGGUCGGCUCAGCGACAGCAUCCAGCCAGGACACGUCACCUUCGACCCCAGGGAGCUGCACGUCCAGCUGGAGCAGCAGCUGAGCGGACAGCCCCGAGCCCGGAGGCUGCUCUUCAGCGACAAUGUUCCGUCUCCUCCUGUGAGAGACACUGGACUCGUGGGUCCCUCCUCUCCUCUACAUGCUGGACAGAAACGUGCAGAAAACACAGGAGCUGCUGAUCACGCAGCCUCCACCCCGCCGGCCCAAACACCGGGCGGUUCAUUCGCCAGUCGUCUUGGCCGCCACGCCGUCGGACACCUUGAGGACUUCAAGGCUCUGCAGCAGCAGAUCCUGGAGGGGGGCACGCUGCUCUGCAAGAUGGAGGCAGCCCUUCGGCCCCUGGUCGUUCCAGCGCUGCAGGAGUUCAGCCUUCGUCAGCCUUCAGACUCAGGUGCAGUGAGGAAGCUGCUGUCAGACACUAAAACCCUGCGACAGAUCCUGGAGGAGGCCGACGCUCUGCUGCAGAUGUUCUGGAGGGCCGCUCUGCCAAACUCUGAGGAAACCAAACAGGAUCAGUCUCUGAAAGACGAGGUUGUUUCUCUCCGUCUGAAGCUCUCGGAACAAGAGCAGGCUCUCAAGGACGCCACGGAGAGAGUGAAGAGCUCCGACCGCACCAAAGACAGCAUGGAGCAGCUCAUUAUCAGCCAAAUGUCGAGAACACGGGACGUCUUGAGAAAAGCCAAGACGAACUUACAGGAGAACCAGCUCAGGAUUUCCUCCCUUCGCCAAAUUUCUUCCUCCUCUUCCUCCCUUUAUCCCUCUUCCUCCUCCUCUUCCUCACACCCCGGGCCUGUUAAAGGUGAGAGCACACGAGGCUUCUGGGAGCUCGCCCUCUCUGGUCGCAGCGUCAUGAUGGCGUCUCAAACUUCCUCCUCUUCCUCCUCCGCUGUCCUGGGACCUGCUCACCACCAGCGCCCCCUGCAGGCAGCCUUAGUGUAGUGCACCAGCCCGUAGCUCCUUCCUGUUCACACAGAAGAUUCUGUCUCUUACUGACAGGACAAACAUUUCAGUUAAGUCACGACGUGUCGGUGGAUGUUUGUGUUGUUUGGUUUCUGACGACAGUUUAUGAAUGUGAAUGAUCGUCAUGGUUCUGAUCUGGGUUCAGUUUAGUCCUCGUGUGUUUGCUCUUUUCUGUGUAAAACAUUUUCAGGAACUUGAAGCUAAAAAACAACAUUAGAAAUAAAAAAUACAGUUUUUCUGAACCAGAAGCUGCCGAUGAGAAUCCAGUGUCAGGUUUAAAGAACAAAGCUCCACCGGACGAGACACAACCAAACUGCAAAGUGCUUCCUCUCGGCUUCUGUUGAAGCUUGUGUUGAUGUAGAAUCGUGCACGUGCUCUGAGCAGCUUGUGGAAACUAAGCCAUACUUUGUUUGUCCUUUGUCCUCAUUAUACUGAGAAUCUCAUCAAAUGGCCAAACUACUGAUAUGAGGAAAAGUGACAGAAUAUCCUGCAGUCAUUUAGUUUUUUUGCUUUUACUGUCAAAUAAAACAAAAAUAAGAUUUUAUUUCUCGUUAUCCUCAAACUCCAGAGAAUCACUGUCCAAUAUUGAGUCUGUUAUAUUUUUUUAAAAAAAGGGUCCAACCCAGUUUGUCCUGCAGGUGAGAGACGUUUCUGAUGAAGCUGCAGUGACGAGCAGCGUCUUUAUCACCAGUGUAAAUAAUCGAGCACAAGUUACAGACUCAGCAGUUUGUACGAUGCCUUCAGGGACCUGUCGGACAAUCAGUAAUACAUGGAGAGAAACUCAUUUCUAGUGCAAGGUCCAAGAAAGAUGACAUGGCAUAUUUGUGAAUGGACCAUGCUGUUAUCUUUUUUUUUUUUUUUAAUUAGCCCUUAGGAGAUACAUUUUUUAUUUUUGCUAAAUUUGUGAAUAUUUUUUUAGAUGACUUCCAAAAAUAUCAUGAACUUCGUUCAUAUUUUUUCUUGUGCAGGACACUGACGCUCACUGUGCAACUGAACCUCUCUGGAAUUGGGUAUUCGACACUUCUUCUAAAACGUUUUUAGAUUUUCUUAUUUGAUUUCUCUAUAGAUGAAUUGACCGGUUUCUUUUUGUGCAUGAACUGUGGCGGGACCGCCCUCCAACACUUCUACUGAAAUAUGCAAUUUCUGGGUUCCUGUGCAAUAUUAGCCUCCGUUUGCUUUUUGUUGCUGUAUUAUUUCUGGGUUUUAAAGUGCCACGUCGUCUGUUUCUGACUCUGAUGCUGAACUGAUUUCAACAAACAGACUUUCGGAUGAAUCAGUUUAAUGAUCCUCACAUUUCUGAACAUGAGAAAGGCGAAGAAACAGCAGAAGAAGAACAGUGUCAUGGUUUAUUUGUGAAACCAGAGUUUUAAAUAUUCUUUUGUGUGAUUUGUCAAAGGUCAAAGGUCAAUUUGAAAGUGUCUUUGUGGUUUUAGGAACCACAGCUUGUGUGUGUAAAUAUGAAAGUGUGUGUACAUCCAUGCAGCUGUUUGUUUUGUGUUGCUGUGAGAGAAGAGAUUGUCUUUAAAGACCGGCUGUAUUUUUAUGCAUGUUCUCUUUAAUAAACAUUAUUUGGGUUAAAAAGAGUCAGAAAAGAACCUUUUCAUUAAAAGGGAA